AUUUAAAAAAUUACAAAAAAAAUUCUAGGUUAUGUUUUAUUUUUGGUGUGUGGAAGAAAUAAAACAAAUUUAUUAUAAAUUAUAAUAUUUUUAAAUAUUAUCUGUAUUUAAUAUGCUUACGGCAAUUAAGAAUACUUUGCGUAUUCCAGUUAUAAAUUUAGGUCGAUUAUUUCAAACCUCUGCUCCAAUAGCAACAGAAAAAUUCGUUCACAAACGAAUCCCUCAAGAUGAUGAAGGUGUCCAAGGAGAAAAGAUAAUUGAUUUAGAUUCUGUUCUUAAAUCAAAACAAUCUCUGUUCCCGACUCUUGAAUCAGAUAACUUAUUAUUUGAUGGGAUGCCUUACAAUCAACUACCAAUUUGCAAUAUACGGGUGACACAUAACAAUACAAUAUUUACAAUGACUGAUGCAGCAGGUAUUGUAAAACUGAUUAGAUCAUGUGGUAUGGAAGGGUUCAAAAACACGAAAAAAGGUACCAAUAUAGCAGCCCAGACAACUGCUAUAAGUAUAGCAACGAAAGCUAUUGAUAGAGGUGUAAAGACCAUUAGAGUCCGAGUGAGAGGAUUGGGUCCUGGCAGAUUGGCAGCAGUAAAGGGGUUGCAGAUGGGUGGCUUACAAAUAGUAUCAGUAACAGAUAACACUCAUGUAUCAUGGAAUCCUCCAAGGCCAAGGAAAGCCAGAAGGCUUUAGUUUGUAUCAUGGUUAUUAAGAUGGAUCCUUAGCGCUUUUAUUAUAUAGAUUAAAAUAAACUAUUGUAAAAAAUAUUGAUUUAUUAUUAAAUAUUUACAGUAA